AUGCUCGAAGCUGAAUUACCAUCGUCAUUGAUUAAUGACAAGACAAGGACAACAACAUCCAGUAGUUCAAAUGCUUUUGAUAUGGAUGAGAAUGCCUGGAUUCGAGCCAUAGUUGUGGUUGUUGGCUUAUUAAUUUUGACUGGCUUGUAUUGUGGAGUCCAAUGUUAUAGACGAGCUAAUGCAUCACGAUCAAGAAUCCGCAAAUACGAUAUUGUAUCAACAAGAGAACUUCAAACAGGGCUUGCCAUUGAUUCAGAUUCUGAUGAUGAUAUUUUCGGUCCAACGUCAGAUCGACAAAAGCUUUUCUCAAAAGAAAAUUCUUAA